UAAAAACAUAAUAAUAAUGUUAUGUCCCCUCCACUUCUAAAACCAAAGUUGCACCCCUGGUGGAUGGUGUAUAGAUGCAGGGUUAGAUGGUGGUGCAAUGUAAGUUUUUCCAAUUCCCCUUUAUUUGUUGGUUUCGUCACAAUGUGGAAUUCACUUUGAGAACUGAGAAAUGCAGCAAUAAUCCAAAAAGUGUCUAGUCUGUCGGGAAUUCACAAGAAGAAGCCGAAACAAGAGUGGUUUAAUUUACCCCACUCUCCCCUACUGCUCUGCCCUUGAGUUCAGACGUGGCGCCGGGUCUGAACUGUCUUUAUACCUCAGAGAUCUGAACACCAAGUUCCAGGACAUCAUCAUCUACACUACAGAAAGACCCUAAUUUCAACCCGACUUAUCCUGAAGUCUGAGAAAACAUGUGGCGGAAGGCUGCGGUAGCUGCCCUGUUGGCCUUGGCCGUUGGAUACUUCUACCACACCAACCCUGAGCUGCCUGAACAAGUUCUCCAGUACUUGUCCCUGCCUCAUCCAUCCACUCAGGGCGACCCAACCUUGGAGCAGGUUAUCUCCACUGCCUGGGAGACCCUAAUAACUGCCCCCGCCAAUCAGUGGGGCAGAGUGGCAGUAGGGGUAAAUGCAUGUGUGGAUGUUGUGGUGUCGGGGAUAGGGCUGCUACAGGCUUUGGCUGUGGAUCCUGGGAUGGGUCGUGACCAUGAAGUGUUACACUCUAAAGAGGAACUGAAAGAGGCUUUCAUCCACUACAUGGAGAGGGGGUCCGCGGCGGAGCGUUUCUUCACCGACAAAGAGGUCUUCCAGAGGAUUGCACGGGCCGCUGCAGAGUACCCUGGUGCUCAGCUAUAUGUUGGAGGAAAUGCUGCUCUCAUUGGACAGAAACUUGCCACAUACCCUCAGCUGAUGGUUCUGCUAUGUGGGCCUGUUGGGCCUAAACUACACGAGAUGCUGGAUGAGCAAAUCGUUGUCCCCCCCGAGUCCUUGCAAGAGACUGAUGAAUAUCACCUAAUUCUGGAGUACAAAGCAGGGGAGCAGUGGGGUGCGACACGGGCUCCCCAAGCAAACCGCUUCAUCUUCUCCCAUGACGUGUCCAAUGGGGAGAUGAGAGCACUGGAGAUGUUCGUGGCCAGCCUGGAUGAGUUCCAGCCAGACCUGGUGGUCCUGUCCGGUCUGCACAUGAUGGAGGGCCAGGGGAGGCAGAUGUGGGAGCAAAGGCUCAAAGAGGCAGUGGCGGCCAUUUCUGACGUCCGCAACGCGGUCCCCGUCCACCUGGAGCUGGCAAGCAUGACUGACAAAGACUACAUGAACAGCAUCAUGCAAGAGCAGGUCAUGCCCAUAGUGACAUCCAUCGGGCUGAAUGAGCAGGAGCUACUUUUCCUCUCCCAGGCCGGCACAGGGCCUCACGCUGAGCUGUCCUCCUGGGGGGGCAUACCGGAUGUAGGCCGAGUCAGUGACAUCCUCCUGUGGGUCCUUGAGCAGCAUGGACGCAGUGACCCCGAGUCGGAGGCUGACCUCACGCGUAUCCACUUUCACACUCUGGCGUACCAUGUCCUUGCCACUGUGGACGGGCACUGGGCCAACCAGGUGGCCGCCGUGGCAGCAGGGGCCCGUGUGGCCAGCAUCCAGGCCUGCGGCCUCCAAAGCAUAGAUGCCAGUAAGGUGGUCCUUAGAGCUCCGCUGGAGUUCCACAGUUCCCAUGGCGAACCUAGAGAGAAGUUGUCCCUGAACCCAACUGAGCCUGUCACUGUUUGGCACCGUGGCAACGUGACCUUUCACCUUGCACCCGUGCUGGUCUGCAAGCAGCCAAUCCGGACAGUAGGGCUGGGGGACGCCAUCUCAGCAGAGGGGCUCGUAUACUCUGAGCUCAGGCCACAGCUGCCAUUUUUGUGAGGUCCAUUUUUGUUACACUCUUGUUCUUUUAUUGUAUGGUGGUAUGCACCAUAUCUCCCCAACCCCAACCAACCAGUGAUGUCUUUACCUGUACUGUAGCUUUUUCUUGGGUUGAAAUUCUGAUCCUUGGUUAGCUAAGUAUUUUGCACUGGGCACAGUUUAAGCCAUUUCUGUAACUCCAAGGAGUUGUGCUGGGUUACCUCUGAUUUCAUUUGCCUUGUGAAAAUUCAAUGUAAAUGUUUGUGUACAAAGACAAUGCCAAAGCUGCUUGUCAGUUCGGUCUGGAGGGGGGGGGAAAUGGAAAAAUAUUCAGCGAUAUGGUCUCCAUAAGUAGCGGUGCAAUUUCAGACAGAGUUUGAGCUUUCAUGCUGCACAAUAGAGGAGCAAACUCCUGUGCACAUAUGCAGAUGCUGAAUAGUGCCAAUGAGUUCAGCCUCUUGCAUCACACUCUUUUGGAAGUUUAUUUUCACAUCAUCUCGCUGAGUCUUAGUUCAAUUUCCUUCAAUAAUCUUUUCUUGCUGACCCUGUUCAGAACAAGCUCCCUCAUCCAAGCACUAUAGUUGGGGAAAGUGGGGUAAGUUGAGCCAAGUGGUUAGUUGAGCCACCCCUUGUUUCUAGGAAACGAUACAUUUUGUGUAUCAUGUGACCAAAUAUUUAGGAAGAGGUCAUAAUUUCAUGGAGUCUGUGAAGGAAGAAAGAAACCACAUGGAAAAAGUGGUCCAAAGGGUAAAAAAAAAAUCACAGUCAAAUUCAUUUCUGUUAUAGGUUUCAUGUUUGUAUCUAAACCAAAGUAGAUUGUUUUAUACAUCAGUUGCCGUUUCUAUAAGCUGCAAUAUGAGGUCCUAAACCUAGCAUUAAAGUGCAUUCUUGUAGCUACAGUAUAUGGGCUAGUGUUCGGGCUACUAUGGGCUAGUGUUUGUCUCGGGGUAAAUUGAACCAAUCACUACCAUACCCCAUACAAAUUAUGAUUAUUUUGUUAGUUUUAUGCAUUGUAUUUUAGCAAGGUGUCAUGCAUAUGAACUCGAGUGGUGUAUUUUUAUUGUUACAGCGCAGACAUCAUGCCACGUGUAAACAAACGUAAAACAAGCAGGGGUCUAGCCCCCCCUUGAGGUUCUUGAGAGCAGCCAAGGAAGGGAAGAAGUCCAUUCAAGCAGCAGCAGCAAUGGAAUAUUUUUUUUUUACUGAAUGACACUGAAGAGGUACUAUAACGUUUUUAUGCGAGUAAAAUACAUGUUGGAUAAAACAUUUUUGACAGUCCUGAUGGAAAACCAUAUUUCUUGGUAGACUUUCCAAAUGUCGACAAAACAAAAUAUGCCAGACACGGUGGGAUCUUUUUGUGUCUAUAAAAUGUGUUAUGUGAGAAAUGGUGGUGGAAAAGCUUUUACGUGCUUAAAAUUGAUAUAACUAUAUCAAUAACCACCAGGCAUACACAAGGCUCAUUCCUCUGCACAGGCAUUGCUGCUGCCUGGCAGAUCUGGAUAGGUAUAUCAGCGGACGUCAGCUAAUAUAUAACACAUGUUAUGGCAAUCUGUCAGUCAAUGACACAGUUAAUGUGGUAUGCAAACAUUGGUUAAUGCAUGCAAUGUCUGAGCAGGGGAAUGUGACCAAGGUCUUAUCUGACGACAUCAAGUCUGACUUGCUAAACAUAUCAAGAAUCUUGCGGACUAGUUUUAUGGGCUUAGUAGCCUCAAAUACAGAGAACAUGCCUAUGAUUUGUCACAUCAAAACUACUUCCCUGUCCCAGACAACUGCUUAAGUUGAAAUUGAAUAGUAUUGAACAGAGAGAUCUAUAUCAAUGUAGGCAUACAUUUAACAUAUACAAUAUACCACACUCCCAUCCAUGAAUUAAACACUGCCCUACCAGCACCAUCACCCAAUUACCCACUUAGGGUAAGUUGUGCCAAGAGACCACUUUUUUCUGGACAAGCUAUGUUUUCAAAACGUAUACUAUAUUGCCCUUGACAUAGUGAUGCUGAAUGUAAAAAAAAAAAGUAGUAGAAUCUCACAACUACAUCCCCUCAUUACAAUCAAUACAACACCUGUGCAAACUGGGGCAGGAGCUAGAGGUUAAGCACCCAGACAGUUUUCUGUGGGGAUUUGGUCAUUUAGUUUUCAUUUGGCCAAAUGAAUACAUUUAAUACAUGAAUACAUUUAAUCCAUCAAUGAAAACAGAUGAAGCAAAAACAAAUAUUAUUUGGGGUUGGUUGGCGCUAUAACUUAUUACUUAAAUUUAUGGGUAAUAGUUCAGUGCUUCAUUCAGGCUUAAGGUGUCCCCUUUUUAACGUAGCCUUUACAAGUUUCCAUCUCACGCAGAUGAUAGGACCUGUUCAAUACCUACAAAGUGCAGUAGGAAGGGUUGUGACUGACAUGUCCUAUGACACGCAUAGCAAGGAAGGCUGCUCACCCAGACUGGGUUUCCCAAACUCAGUGCACAUUUUGUUUUUUUCUCUAUCACUACACACCUGUUUCAAAUAAUCAACUAAUCAUCAAGCUUUGAUCAUUUGAAUCAGCUGUGUAGUGUUAUGAAAAAACCAAGAUGGCACCCCUUGAGGUCCUGAAAACCGAGUUUGGGAAACGCUGCAGUAGUAACUCUUUAGCACAUCUGAUGAGACUGCUAUCUAUUCUAGUACGUGGUUGCUGUCCUCUGGCUAGCUGUUUGCCCUGUCACUGUCUGUUUGAAUACUUUGAAUGCCAGUAGCACAUAAGCUGUACUCCUACAGCUGUCAUGACAUCCACCUAAGCCGGAAAUAAUAUUUGGAUCUCCUGUCCGCAAUGGCAGACGUACACAAGCAUUCCAAGCCCAUCUGUAUCCUUGACUCACAACUGGGUCAAGCAGACUGUGAGGGGUGAAUUGUGGCAAUGAAAUACUUCAUAUUAUUGUGAAUUGUCACUUUUUGUUCAGCUAUUUUGAUCAACUUUAGGGCUGUUUUGUUUGCCCUAUGUAGGAUGUUCCACAUGGACCAUUUUGUUUGCCCUAUGUAGGUUAUGCCACAUUGACAAGUAAACAUGUAAAUUAUACCUGUUACACUGCAACUAAUGAAGCCCCUUGUUAAAAUUCCUACAAAGCCGGAUUGUUACUGACAGUGUGCUGUUGGACAUUGCACACAGCAGACUGUGAUGAAGCCUGCAGACCCAGUAGUGAUUCAGCACAUCUGAUGAGAGUACGAUCUAGUACUUUGCUGUUGUCCUCUGGCUAGCUGCUUGCUCUAGCUUCUGCCAGUCUGACUGAAUGAUACAAUGAAUAAUGCAAAGAUGUACUUCUACGGCUGUGUAGUCUACUCUGCUGCUGUCAGGACAUCCACCUCGCAGCUGGAAAGUACUAUGUUAAUCUCCUGUCCACAAUGGCGGACGUAAACAAGCAUUCCAAGCCCAUCCUUGACUCACAACUGCAUCAAGUGCAGAUUGUGUGGUGUCCAGCCACUAUGUAAAGUCAAGCAAUAGAAUACUACAUAAUAUUAAUAUUCAGAGUUGCUACUUUUCCCCCCAGCUAUUUUGUAAAAAUUUAGGGCUGUCUUGUUUAUCCUAUGUAUGACAUGCCAUAUGGGCAAUUCAACAUGUUAAUAAUUCCUGGUAUACUAUAACUGAUGGAGCCCAUUAUUUCUACUUCUUGGUAUAUGCCAUGUUUAUUGGUUUCACAUCAUUUGUGACCUUGAGUAAUUAAGUAGAGGAAAGAUCAAUUUUAAAAGUAUUUGAACGCUCCAUCCAUGCUCAAACAUCACUUACCUUACCACUGCUAAAAAGAACUGGAAAUAAUAUUUUUUGUUUUGAUGCCCAAAGUACAUUUUUGCUUUGUUGCCGCGAAACUGAGAAUUGGGAUGGUACAAAACAGAGCAAUCAUAAGCUAUGCAGAACUUAUUUGUCUCGAAUCUCACUGCUUUCUUAGCCUGGUGGAACCAGACAAAGUGUAUGAUAGGUCACAUUGUUUCACUUAAAUGAAACGGUGAGCAUAGCGGUCAGUCUGCAUCAUAUAGAUCAUAUUAAAUUACUAGAAAGAGCCUAUGUCAUGAACCCUCAAAGUUCCAUAAUGGUAUGAUAAUGGAGGCCAUUUUGGUCAGGGAGAAAUCCAAACCACUUUAGUUGCGGGAAAGGGGUUCAUGGUAAUUGAACGCAGACGUUCCAUUGACCGGAAUGGCGCACAAUCAACAAAUCUGAUCUAACAAUUUGGAGAUUCUUCAAAUCCGUCAUGAUUUAUGCAUUGUAACAGGCCCACAGUGUGCUUACUUGAGUCCGAUUUUGAUACAUUUGGCUGUUUUUGCUGCAUGUAGAAGCUGUCCCUUUUCAGGUUUAGAAGAAGUGACUGCUAAAUGCUAACUCCCGUUCGUAUAAACUGGUUAGCAUAGAGAAAUCAUUGAUGGUAGUGGGUCGUUUUUAACUGUAAUGCACUUGAUUGGUAACGAUGACAUGUGUUGGGGUUGGCAUCCAUACAAGCAUUAUAUUCAGAUGUUUACCUCAACAUAGUGUGAAAUACACAUAUAAACAAUUGCCUAAAUGUAGACUAAUGUUGCUGGGGGUCAAUGAGGAGACUCGGAUGUUUCCCCCCCACGCGUUUCCAUGGCAAUUCCAUUGUUUUGGUCGAGUACGGUUUACCUUUUACCGCAUCUAUUUCGAAUGAAUGGCAGAGGAGGCAUAGGUGAUACGUUUCCUGCUUGUACUUAUGCAGGAAAAUAAAAGGCAUGCGAUAUCAGAAAUUGUGUAAUAGAAUUGUCAACCUAAAAGACUGUCAUAAUUAUAAAUACAGUUUAUACAGGUUUUAUACAAAUGUUCUGUAUAGAUAACCUCUAAAAUAUGUAAACCGACCAUAAAUGUCUACAUUUUAGUUUUUUGGAAAAGCUGUGAGUUAUUAUAUGAGUACUUGUAUUUACAAUGUGUCUUAAGUCCUAUCAUCAACUGAUUUCAGACAGUGUAUGGCUGUGGAUUGACUGCAUUGUUUGUUUGGAAUGUUAAUUAGAAAACAUUUAUGGAAUCAUUCCACUAAAACUGGUUGGCUAGCUAGCAAACAUACAGUGCAGAUAAUCUUCAAAUCAUUGUUUUACACAAUAGCGUAUCCAGCGGUGGCUGGUGGCACUUUAAAUGGGGAGGACCUGCUCAUAGUAAUGGCUUGAAUGGAAUGUUAUCAAACACCUGGUUUUCCAGGUGUUUGAAACCAUCCUCCCCUCAACAGCUUCCCCUGCUCUUAUCACAGCACUGGCUGACCAUGGUUGACCAACUCCCUUACCAAAGUGGCUGAUCUUUUAUACCAGGGGUGUCAAACUCAUUCCACGGAGGGCCUAGUGUCUGCAGGUUUUUGGUUUUUCCUUUCAAUAAAGCCCUAGACAACCAGGUGUGGGGAGUUCCUAACUAAUUAGUGAUGUUAAUUCAUCAAUCAAGUACAAGGGAGGAGCGAAAACCCGCAGACACUCGGCCCCCCGUGGAAUGAGUUUGACACCUGUGUUUUAUACUGUCAGGUUCAUGUCCAUUCUAGUAUUCUAAUUUCUAAUUCUAUCGUCUGCUUGACCAAGCUACUGCUUAUUGUAUGAUCUUGGGAAUGUGCCAGUCUUCUUUGACAGCUUUGUGUUGAAAUAGUGACUGUAAAUAUGCAUUUAGUAAGAAAUUUAGUAUUCCUUUUCAUUGCAGUGAAUUUGUUAGGUACAAUGGUUUGGUAAUACAGUUCGAGAGUUGCUAGGGGUUUCAGGGUGUUCUUCUGAGGCUGGUGAGACAUAUGCCUCUACUUCCUUCGCAGAUUUCAUCUGUUGUUUUUGUUCGAUAAAUUCACAUCCAACCGUUUGAUUGACACUCAUCAUUGAGGAUGUUGCCCCUUGGAUGGAGCUAUGAUCAAAUUUGGGCGUAGCUGCCAUCACCCACACCUUUAUAUGCAUACGUAGGUUUCACACAUUUUUGUCGACAAUAUGACAUCUUACAGAUCGUGGUUACUUCCUGCUUACAGAUACUACCACUAACAGCAAUAUUCAAGGUGCAGUGGCUAGAUGUAGAUGCGAGCAUAGGUUAUUUACUACUAAUUUUCCAAAGAUAAUUGAGUAUUUACCAGGUAUCAUUAAAGAAACAUUCUGCCUUGUUCGUGUCUAGUUUAGUCACUUGUGGCUCUGAGUUUUCAGCACUUUAAAAUGAGACUAUAUUUGAUGUAAUUUCAUAUUAACACCCAUGUCUUACUGUAAAGGUUAGCAAGAGUUAUGCUAGCUCAUUAGGUGGAAACACUGCAACUUAACAACUAGACCUCUUUUUGAAGGUUACUUCAACUGGUACCGGGCUACCUUCAGACAAGUUUUGUGAGGUUUGUGGGCGUCCUAGAGCAAAACAACCAACAUGUUCGUGAGAGUCUCACCUUUCCAUAGAGUGGUCAUAUUAGUUUGUAGGCCAAACCGUUCGGACAUUACAGAUGUUUGUGAGAAAACCGAUUUUCGGUAUGUCUCAUGGUCUGACAAACGCUGCUGUAGCCCGGCCACCUUCCCCCGCAGAUGCGGAAGGUUGUCAUUGGCGUAUGCGGUGGAUUGAGACGCAGCCCAUGCAACAACAAAAAAACAUCUCUAGUUUAAAACAGACGGAUUUUGAUGGGUAUGUUUUUAUUAUGUUGAUUAGAUUUCCGCGGGGGCGCGGACAUCGACUAUGGGGUUAAAUGUUUGUGGAAAUAUAUAUGGAAGUAGUUUAGUGCCAAAAAAGGGGUUAUAUAUGGGUACAUAAAAAAAAAUCAUUUUGAGUCUGAAUCUGUUAUUCAAUGCGUUGCUAUGGGCAGUAAGUAAGCAGUAAGUUUCCCCCCAAAAAAUUGCUAUAUAUUGAUACCUAAAAUUCUAUAUCAAAUAGCUAAAUGAUCCUUGGUAUGACCAUCUUAACCCCCCCCCCCCCCCCCCUAUAAUUUGUAGGGGCAGUUAUACACAAAAUACUCCAUAUGUACAUACAUUGUUUGUUGAUUAGCAGAGUAUGGAAAUCCAUUUUUCCAGUACAAGUAGAUGUGUAAUAUGUGGGGAAAUAAUCUGUGAAUUUUAGAGAUCAAAUGUUUUUUUGUGUGUGUCAGUGAGAUGCUUAGAAUUUUAGUGAGGAAAUCAGGAAUUUGUCUUAAACUUUGUUGACUCCAUAAUCUGUUGUAUGAAAAUAUACUGUACUCUCACCACGAACAUAUGAGUACAAUAAUUAUUUAUUAAAAAUCUAUUCUAAAAUAUAAAAUAAUUAUUACUCAAGAAUUGUUCAGACUUUUGUGAAUUAGUGUCCAUUAUGCAAAGUCUUAUUGGAUUCCCUUUUCUUCUGUCAUCUGAUGUUAAGACUGGAACUCAACUGACAUCUUAAGUUUGGAAAUGUUUUUAUAUUAAUAAAGUCUGCUAUUUUCAUGUCAA